CAAAGUGCUGCAAAAUGCGUGUCCCAUCUAGUCUAUCGGCGGUUGCCGUGCCGGCAGCAUGCUUCUUGGCGGGGUAUGUGCUGCACUACCUGCACACGCGCAAGCCAAGCUCGUCGGGCUUCCAGCUGAGCCCCACCUUGGCCUGCUUGACGCAGCACAAAUCUCCAAUCACGAAGACGUCAACCUGGAUCAACCUGGGUUUGUGGACAUCGAACGACCUCACAUACCCUGCCGCGUGUGAGCAGCUUGCGCUUUGUUUGGGUCGCGCCGUUAAACUUGGCCCCAAGGACAUCGUGUUGGACGUUGGAUGUGGUCGUGGCGAUCAAUGUAUAUUGUGGCAUACCUACUUCAACGUGGCGGAAGUGCUGGGUGUGGACAUUACGCCCGAACACGUCGCUGGUGCCGUCCAAAUGGUGCAGUCGUUGGGCCUUUCCGACCGUAUCCGCAUUGCUCUAGGGUCAGCCACAAGUCUUGCUUCACACGUGGAUUCAAUUGCCGCUGUGACGAAGAUCGUGUCUUGCGAUGCUGCGUACCACUUCGUCACCCGCGCAACGUUUCUGGCCGAGGCGUUUGCCAUUUUGGCUCCCGGUGGCGUGCUAGGAAUGAUCGAUGUUGUUGUGGCAGAUGAAGUGUUGACGUGGACGGGUCUUCAACAUGUCCAGCUGCGUGGCUUGUUGUCUAUGACCGGAGUGCCAUUUGAGAACUUGAAGACGGUAACUCAGUACGAGUCCGACUGGCUCAACGCGGGCUUUGUGAAUGUCCAUGUCGAGCCGCUGGACCAAGUCCUUGAGGGGUUUGCUCAGUUCGUCCAGCGCCAGCGGAUCCAACUGGAGCAGUGGGGCUUGCACGAAGGAUUUGAGAAGUUCGUCGUCGUCGGCGAGUUCUUGGCAGUAUGUGCGCAGAACAACUACAUUCAAUUUGUUUUAGCGACGGGUGGUAAACCAUAACGAUGAUGCGUCAAUAUAUUUUUGCAUACGGGACA